GUUCUAGCACAGCCAGAAAGCACACAUUUAGGCAGGUCAGGUUUAGUAUUAAGUGUUCCCUCGACCUUAGACAUAAUCAAAAUAGAAAAAAUGGAAAUUAGUUAUGGGUUCAGGUUUAUUUGGAGCACCGAGUACUUUAGCAAUGGUUCUCAAGUAAUGGUUGUAAAUGACAAAGAUGGGUCUACUAAGGCAGUGUUAUGUGAUCAGCAAUGUGAGGUCACUGCAGUUCUUGUUGAAUUAUCAAAGGUAUGGCACGCCACAUGUAGCCCAAAUAAUAUUGCAGCAGUUACGUGCAUGAUCAGUGGAGUUGCCAUGGUGAAAUUAUUUAACAAUGAAGGAAAGCAUAUCAAAGAUAUUAAAUUACCAUACAUAACAAUUCCAAGCGUAGUUGCAUUUGUCAAUCAAGGAAAAGGUUUGUUAGUGGCAGAUAAUGAGAACAACUCAAUAUACCAAAUUGAUGUUGAGACAGAAGGUGCCAAAAAGAGGAAGCAUGAACAUAAAUUUCAAUCCAUUGAAGAUAUGUCAGUGAAUGACAACAAUGAUUUGUUUGUAGUUGAUUAUAAAGGUCAGUCCAUCUCAUGCUUCAAAGAGUCUGGGGAGUUAAUAUUUGACUACAAUACCGACUCAGAUGAUGAUAAUGAUGACUUUCGUCCUAAGAGUAUUUGUGUAGACAAGUUAGGUUGUGUUAUAGUAGCUGACAUGAUCAAUCAAAAAACUAAGCUCCUAAAUUCUGAUGGUAAUUUCCUUCGAGACUUAACAAGGGCAGAAGAUGCGAUCUCUUACCCCAUAUAUGUUAGUAUGAACCACAGAGGGCAGGUCACCAUGGUAACCAAUGUAAUAGGAAUGCCAGGUGUAUAUACUGUGACAUACAGACCUUCUAUUCAGUAAGGUAACAUGUAUGAUUGAUGCUACGGGUAUCUUAAUAUGU